AUGUCCUUCCGAGAUAUGCCAGCCGAAAUCGUCGAAAAAAUCACGGAUAAUUUGGAUUUCAGGGACAGAUUCUCGAUGCGAAGUGUAUGCCGUUUCCUGCGAAGCAUUAUCGAUCAAUCGUAUUCUCACGUGAAACGGAUCUCAUUUAUUGCGAAUAUCGAAGAGAAAUCAGUGAUCUCUGUCGAUAGUUCCAUCAGAAUCUCAUUCGAAGGACUGGUUGAUGGAUGCCACGUGGAGAACAGAAAGAGGAGUGAGAAUAUCAAGAAUGAGUAUUAUUUGGAUGUGGCAUUGAAGACGUUGAUCGGAAUUCUGAAAAUGAAAAUUCGAAUCGAUGAAUUCAGAGUGGAUAUUUCUUUUUUGGAGUGUCGGAAGACCAAAUUACCAGUGGAACGGUAUGAAGUAUACUCGAAACUCUCUGAAUCAGUCACAUCGAUUCUUCCGUAUCUCGAACCGAAAACUCUUCAAAAAUUCCAAUUAUCGACGAGAAUGGAAUACAAAGAGGUUCAGAAGGCGGAAAUGCGAAGAAUGAUGCAUUCGGAUCAGUGGAAAGAAGGGAAACGGUUCGAGUUCAGUGGUGGCCCCCAGUUUCCUGUUUCUAUUGAGAAUUUGGCUCAUUUGGAUUCGUUUCGUGUCGAUAUGAAGACGUUGACGGAUGCAGAUUUGGUGAUGAUUCGAGAUACCCUUCUGAAAUCCGCGAACAUAUCAUUCGGAGACUUCUACAUGAUCCACCCAAUCCGACUCUCUGACGCAUCAAAAGUCUUCGGAUCUUCGAAUUCUGUCAAUUCGAUCAUUGUGAAGCACCCAAAUCCGAUAAGAAUUGUCGGAGAUGACGUCAUCACACUUCAAGAUUUCGCAUUCUGGUUUAUGCAAUUUUCAAGUGGAAAUAUGAAUGUGGAUUUCGAUAUUAAAUCGGAGAUUCUAGAAGAAGGCGAAAAAGAGGAGCCUCAUCCAUCAAAAAUUCAGAAACUCGAUGAACCUUCGCUAGAAAUCAAGUCAGAACAUCUCGAUGCUGAAGAUAUCGAUGAGUCGAUCGAAGCGACAAAUCCGAAAAUUCGGUCUGGAAUGGAAAACCCGACCGUGUGUGUAGAACAGAACAAGUGCGACGAACAUCGUUGCCGUCUGUGCGGAUUCUUUGUGAGGGGUCCUGAUGAAAAUAAGAGAAGACAUGCUAUAGCAAGGCACAGUGUCACGAGACAUUUGAAAUGUAAAGAGUGCGAUUAUCGGGAUAAAAGCAAGGUGCCGAUGAGGAAUCACACGAUUUCGGUACACGGAAGAGUUAUUCCGCCGGAGGAUAUCACAGACGAUAACAUGAAAGCUGAAUGGAAGGAGAUCAUGGAGAUUUGUUUUCCGAAUAAAAAUGAAAACAUGUUGAACUGUGCUGUCUGCAAACUGUGUGAUUCCCGUCUGAAAAUGCCUUCAGUUAACAGAUAUCAAAAUCUGAAAAGACAUAUACUUUGUGUGCAUUGUCCCGCGAAACAGUUCAAAUGCACGGAGUGUGAUUAUGUUGAGUGGCGGAAAGAAAUGUUCAAAAAGCACUCCAUUAUCACACACGGAAGAGAUAUUCCGCCGUUGGAUCUCCUUGACGACAAAAUGCGAGCUGAAUGGAACGAAACUCUCGCGAAAUGCUUCCCGGAAUACGCCGAUCUCACCUAUUUUCGAUGA